GAUUUCUUCUAGUAUGGAUUCUGCCACAAUGUUGGCCAGCCCAUAUUCUGAAUCCAUUAGCUGAAAAGCAAAAAGCAACACGUUUGAUUUUGAAAAGUCUGUUGUGGGAUUGAGGCUGUGAAAAUAAUGGAUAACAAUGAAAGCAAUAUUGGAAUAUUGGAUUGUGUUCAGGUCAACAAAAGCAUGUUCCAAAAUUUCCUUCGAUUUUUGACAGCAGAGAGUUGUAACAUCUAUAUUUUACACAAGUUUCCUAUGCAUGACUCAAUGUCAUUUACAUAGACCAGCAAAAUAAUCCAACUGAGAAUGAAACCUAUAGGGACCGCAUAACUCAUUUUAAUAGUGCUUGAAAUUUGAUUUGAAACUUGUCUUCUGUGAAAUGACCUACGCCACUGUAGGGGCACACAUUAAAUGCUAUGAGAUUUCAGUUUGUCUAGCAGUGUAUUAUGGUCAACACAAUCGAAUGCCUUGGAAAGGUCAAGAAACAUACUUAAAGAACGAUUCCAACAUUUUAGCCCCUCAAUAAUCAUUUUGACAAGAUUCACAACUGUGUCUACCAUCGUUUUUCCCUUUCUGAAGCCCAAUUGGUCCUCAGAUAGCUAAUUGUGUUUAUUGAAAAAGAAAGUAAAGCACUCUUAAGUUUUUCAAAAAUAUUGCUCAAGAUUUAGACAGACUGAUAAUUAUCAAUGGAAAAUGGAUCAUGUUUUUUAAAUAUGUGAUUUACUUUUGCAAUUUUCAGGAGGGAGAGAAAAAAGAUAAAUUAAGCACUAAGUGAGUUAAAAGACUCACAAUGUGCUUGUAAUAUAUUUUAUGAGCCACAUGAACAAUAGACUGAUAUCGGUUGAUUUUGUUACUGGGAGCUGCUGAAUAAUUCCGUAGAGCUCUGCGUCAAGGACAGGUGCUAGUUGAUGCAUCAUUGAUGCAGUUAGGCUCCAUCUCCACAAGUUGAUUACUUGGGGCUCUGAUGGUUGAGGAUCGUUCCCGCAAGCAACAGAUACGAAAAAUCUGUUGAACUCUCAGGCAAUCUCCACUUCACCCUGUACCAGUUCAUGUCCGAUUUUUAUUUUAAUUUGUUUAUGUGUAUUGUUUUUGUUGUUGAUGACAAAAAACGCUGUUUUAGAAACAUUUUUGUAAGAAAUAACUUUUUUGAGACCAUGUGCUUUUGUGGCUUGGAUUACAGAUCUACAAGUUUUUUGUAAAUUAAAAAAUAAGAUUUAAAGUUUUCAUUAGAUGUUGUACUGUAUGUUUGAAAGAGUUAUUUCAAACUCUCUCUUGAAACCAGUAUUCCCUUUUUAAUCCAAUUAAUUGCCUUUUUGGCAAGCAUUGAUAACUUUUGUAGGACAGCAUAAAUUUAAAUAAAAAUUUAAGACAUUUAUUGAAAUUUAAAAGUUGCUGUUCUAUUGGUUGGACUAAAUUUUUAAAAUUCCAUUGUACCUUAGAAAGAAACAUUUUGAUAAGAGCAAUAUUUUUGGCCUCAAGUCUCUCAUCGUUUAAAUACCAACUAGUCUUUAAUGGAGACCCUGUGUGGAGAGUAUGUGGAUAGUACGAGGUGACUUCCAUAGUAUAAUAAUUUAAGAUUUAAGCAAAAUAUUUCAAACCCUAACAGUACUUGAAUCUGAUCCAUCAUUUGCCAGGAAAGUGCAUGCACCAUAGUUUUCACUGUUUACAAAUGACUAACUAGAAGUAUAUCUGCUAUGGUGUUGAAUAUUCUUUUAAAAUUAUUAAUAGUUAUUUGAAAAGUAUUUAAGUCUUAUAAUUAUCAUGUCAGCUUGGUAGUUUAAUCAUAUUUAAAAAGAAGCAAUCAAAUAUUAAAUUAUGCAUAAAAAAUUAAGAGUUUCAGCUUCAUGUUUCAUGGAAGUUUGUAUUAUUGUGGAAAAUCUAUGUUCAAAUUAAUGUAUAAUAUUAUACUAUUAUGUAUGUUGCAGAUGAGUUUACACGGUUUCUGUACGCGGUGGUGCCAGUAAACUUAACAGAAUUGAUGACCUUGACAUUCUGCAUAAUGACCUUGCUGCAGCUGCGGUCUUGCCAGCAGAGCUCAGAAGCAUUUUGUAGCUCCAACUCCACGAUUAAUCAUAACAGGAAACUGCAGAGAAACAACAUAAUAUGGACCAAGGUCUACCUGAAAGCAUGUUUCAUGAUGGGAUCAGCCUACAUCCUAGUAUCUGUGGUGGCUCUCAUCACCUGGAACUACAAGUCCAUGAGGGGGAUUCCAGUCUUCCUCGUAAACACUGUGAAAGACUUAGAUCGUGUGCGGGGUAUUGAGAUAUUCUUCAUUUUCGUCCUCCAGGAAAAAGUGUUCAAACAGUUAAUUAACAAGUUUUAUCUUCUUAGGCAACACCUCCGAAGAGCAAUCUAUCACAACAAAGCAAGGCAGGCAGAUUCAGUCUGUACAACAGAGGAGUGAUAAUCUUCAUCAAGGAAACAGAAAAAAAUUAUUUUUUUUCAAUUUUUACUAUGAUUAAA